CAAAGACAAUACAUACAAACCUCCUAAAUAAAUGAUAAUCAAUAAUACAAAUAAUAACAACAAUUCUUUAUAAUUGGCCACCUUGUCAUGUUUGUUUCCAUCCCUAAACUCAUCCAGUAUAAAUAACAGCUUAGUUGUUGGCCUCUCUUUCCAUCUCCCUCUCUCUCUUCCUCUUUCAAUUCACCUGUAGAUUCCCCUUUGUAAUUAUUAAAUUGAAAGAGAGCAACAAAGAGGGAGAAGAAAAAGGGGAGGCAAUGGAGGAAGGGGGAGAUCUCGAGAUCUCCGGUUGUGGCUCCACCACCACCACUACCACCGUCGACGACGACAUCGGCUACUGGAACCACUGGUCGCCGGUCGCCGAUCUGGGCACCUUCUGUGCAAAUGACCACGAGUUCAGGAGCCUGAUGGAAUCAAUGAUGUCCGACGAUAUGGACUGCGAAGAUGGGGUCGGCGCGCUCACAGACGCUGCCUGCACUCCAUCCGUCACCACAACAACUGGCAGCACCAGCACUGGGCUGCCUGCCGAUGAGCCCAGCCACGACGAGAAAGGGAUGCGGCUCGUGCACCUGCUCAUGGGGGCUGCCGAGGCCCUCACCGGCCCUCACCGGAGCCGGGAGCUCGCCCGUGUGAUAUUGGUUCGGCUCAAGGAGUUGGUGUCCACCGCUGGUGGGAGCAACAUGGAGCGCCUCGCCGCGCACUUCACCGAUGCCCUUCAGGGCUUGUUAGACGGCUCGCAUCCCACCGCCGGAACACGGACAGCUCACCGUGACAAUAAUCAUCAUCACCAUAACCCGGCGGACGUCCUGACAGC